GGAAAUGCCACUAGCAUGAGCCCAGCACCCACACAGCCAGACACGGGCUGGGGUUCCCCAGGCAGGCCAGGCCUCCCCUCCCUCGGGACCAGGGGAACCUACGGCCAUGUAUCCCACCCUCAGACCCUACAGCAAGGGCAGGACUGGGGAGUUUAUGGCUUCAUCCCUGCUCUGCCCCAAAUGCAUGUCUGACCAAACCCGAGGCCUAAUGGAGCUUCUGCCAGCUUAGGAAGGCUUCUUUCUGCCUCUUUCUUUUGCAGGGAGGACCAUCGAUCUUCUCGCCCACCUAAGGCAUUCGGCCUGGCGGGAGGGCAUCAGAGUUUCUGCCCAAUGCUGAGUGGGAACCGAAGGGACAAGAAGCCAAGCGUCUGGGAGUCAAGCCAUGGUGGGAUGUGAGACACCCCAGGCAGAGAACCAAACGUGAACCCAUGGGCCCAUCCCAGUCAGCCCAGCUCAGCCUGGCAAGGAGGCAGCCAGGUCCUGGAGGACAGGGGCUCUGGAGCCAGCUUCCAGAAAUGGUCAUCGAGCCCCCACUAUGUGCCAGGCACUGGGACACCGAGGGGACAAAGCCACCACACACUUCCUGUGCUCACAGAGCUUGGCAGGGGAGGCAGGCACAAAUAAACAACCAACAACAAAUAAUUACAAAUUGGGUUAAGUGCUAUGAAGACAGGAAAGUGUAAUUAGCCUAUGCUCACCUCUUCCUGGCCCCCGAGGCCUGCCCUCAUUAUAGAAUACCCACAACUCUGCCUGACCUCUCCAGCACACUGAUGGGCCGAGAACCUCGCUUCACCCAGCAGAGCGAGGGAGUUGACAACAGUUUGAGGAACAUUCGUUGAACAAAAUGGAAGGGGAAAAAAAACUUUUAAUUAAAAAAACAGCAAUUGUCCACGUAGCUUAUACAACUGAAUUUGAGAGCCACUGAGGCCCAGAGAGGCCAAACAGGUGGCCCCAAACCACACAGCUGGCGAGUGACAGAACCCAUACCAGAAACCAGGUCUCCCGUGCCCAGGUUCAGUGCUCCGCCACCACCAUGCGGCCCUGCUAGCGUCCCCUGAACCCCUUCCCAGCCUGAAGGAAUCUGCAGCCUCCUGGCCCAUUCAGAUGCCUACUGGCAGGGCAGCACCGUCCAGUAGAAUCAUACUUGAGGAUGGAAAUGUUCCACACCUGCGCUCUCCAACACGGACUCAUGGCACCGCUCAGCAGCCGGGGCUGUGACAGCCAAAGACACCUCCAGGACUGCACCCAAGAGAGACUGCGGGGCCAGAGCGAAGACAGCAGGACCCACGUCCCACCUCCAGCCAGAGCCCCAGGCCAGCAUGCCCUCCAUGCCUCCAAGAGGCCCGGCCACCCCAAGGAAGGCCGUGCAGUGCUCGGGGGCCCCAGAGACGGCCCUGGCAUGCCGGCCAUGAAGCCGGGGACUCGGCCAUUAACUGUGACUUGUUACAACUCAGAUGCUGACAGACGUCAGCACAAGUCAGCAAGAAACGGCAGACUUCAGUUACUCAGAGGCGCUUUUGAGAAUUGGGGCAUCCAGCUCAAAGAAAAUGAGGAGGUGGAGCCAAGCCCCAGACAAAGUAUGUGAGCCCAGAUACGUCAGCCUUCAGGUAUGCAGUGAGGUCUGCGGUGAGAGGUGCUCUCGCGCGCGCCUCUCUCUCCCUCCUCCUGGGGUCUGCUCUUGCUCUGCCACCACCGCACCCCCACGCAGCCCGCCAGCCAGCCCAGCCUCGCCCCCCCCUUCCCCGGAGCCAGACCCAGCUCGAUAUGGGGGCCUGUGAACAGCCCCCUCAAGCAGGCAAGUCUCAGGCCCAGGGAGGAGAUGUGUGCGUGGUGCCGGGGGAGGGGCAGGAGCAUCGCAUCAUCUAACAGGUUGGUCGGGCUGAGAGGCGUCCCGCCCUCCUGGAGCUAAUGAGCACUGUAGGACAGGUGUUUGCUCCUCAGUCCCCAGCCUGCCCUGCCUGCGACCAGAGCCAGCUGCCUGCCACCCCACCAAGGCUCACUCACACCCCCGUGCCUUCCCGCGUCCCGGGCCCGGGGGCCGCGAUGGCCUGCCGCUCCUGCGUCGUUGGCUUCAGCAGCCUUAGCAGCUGUGAGGUGACCCCUGCGGGCGGCCCCCGGCCUGGGACCUCGGGAUGGGGCAGCUGCGGGACCCCCGGGCCAGGCUUCAGCUCCCGCAGCUUCACAGGCUGCGAGGCAGCUGGUACCAUCCCCCAGGUAACCGUGAACCCCAGCCUGCUGGUGCCCCUGGACCUCAAAGUGGACCCAGCCAUCCAGCAGCAGAAGACCCAGGAGAAGGAGGAGAUGAAGGUCCUCAAUGAUAAAUUUGCCUCCCUGAUUGGCAAGGUGCAGGCCCUGGAGCAGCGCAACCAGCUGCUGGAGACCCGCUGGCGCUUCCUGCAAGGCCAGGACUCCGGCACCUUCGACCUCGGGCACCUCUAUGAGGAGUACCAGGGCCGGCUGCAGGCGGAGCUGCUCAAAGUGAGCCAGGAGCGAGGACAGCUGGAGGCCAACCUGCUGCAGGUGCUCCAGAAGGUCGAGGAGUUUCGAAUCAGGUAUGAGGAGGAGAUCUCCAAGCGCACAGACAUGGAGUUCACCUUCGUCCAGCUGAAGAAGGACCUGGAUGCAGAGUGUCUUCGUCGGACCGAACUGGAAACCAAGUUAAAAGGCUUGCAGAGCUUCGUGGAGCUGAUGAAAAACAUCUAUGAGCAGGAGCUGAAGGACCUGGCAGCCCAAGUGAAGGACGUGUCGGUGACCGUGGGCAUGGACAGCCGCUGCCACAUCGACCUGAGCGGCAUCGUGGAGGAGGUGAAGGUCCAGUAUGACGCCAUUGCGGCUCGCAGCCUGGAGGAAGCCGAGGCCUACUCCCGGAGACAGCUGGAGGAGCGGGCUGCCUGCUCAGCUGAGUUUGGGAACAGCCUCCAGAGCAGCCGCAGCGAGAUCACUGACCUCAACGUGCGCAUCCAGAAGCUUCGAUCCCAGAUCCUCUCCAUCAAGAGUCAUUGCCUGAAGCUGGAGGAGAACAUCAAGGCGGCAGAGGAGCAGGGGGAGCUGGCCUUCCAGGACGCCAAAGCCAAGCUGGCCCAGCUGGAGGCCGCCCUGAACCAGGCCAAGCAGGACAUGGCCCGGCAGCUACGCGAGUAUCAGGAGCUCAUGAACGUCAAGCUGGCCCUGGACAUCGAGAUCGCCACCUACCGCAAGCUGGUGGAGGGCGAGGAGAGCCGAAUGGACUUGCCUUCAGCCGCCAUGGUCAGCGUGGUGCAGUCCACGUCCAGAACCGCUGCCUCCAAGUCUAGCCUUUCGAGAGCCCCCUCCCGGAAAAAGAAGAACAGAAAAGGCCCUGUGAUCAAAAUCACCGAAAUGUCUGAGAAGUUCCUGUCGCAGGAGUCAGAGGUCUCAGAAUAAGGCAGCUGGAGCCCAGGAGCCUAGGUCGUCCCCCUGCAGCUGGAGGGACUUCGGCUAGACUCAAGCAAGCAGCUUGGAACCUCUGGGUUGGGCGGGGAGGCAAACCUGAUCCUGAACUGAAAGGGGGAGGGUUCAAAACCGGGACAGCUUUUCUGUGGGUGGCUGGGGGUAGUACAGGGCUGUCACCAGCUACUAAGAAUCAUGCGGCUCCAUCUCAAUACCUCAGUCCUACCCUUCUAACCUUCUUGCCAGAGGUCCGACUGGGUAAACUGGAACUGGGGGUCAGUUUUCUCUCCACCUCCUUUCUCUUCUGAGGCUCCUCCCCAAACAGAGGGCUCCCACCAAGGAACCUUUGACUUUGACCCUUUUCGCCCAACCCUUGCCCUAAGUUCACUUACCAAGCCCUACCUUGCCUCUGCCUCUGCCUCAGGACCGAGGCUGGUGCCUUCGCUCACCCAGCCCCAGCCAGCCAUGGAUCCAGGGCUGAGGUGGACUGCCUGGGCACCCUCCCCCUAUCUGGAGCUCCUGGGGAGACUGAGUGCUGAGCACCCCUGGGUUUCCUGCACAACCUGGGCACCUCCAGAGACCUGACAGUAUUAGGGAGUAAAGGGAGGAAGCUCCCCGGGUGUGUGGGACCUGAGCAUGGACCCCUGAGGUCAGCCCAGACACCUGUGCCACUUCCGUCCUCCUGUGGGGCCCUCACAGAGGGCCAGUCAGAAUUGGACAGGCUGCACAGCCAGCUCCUGGCUCCUUCUCCAGAAGCUAUUCUUGCCAUGACAAACCCCCUGUGAGAGGGAGGCCAGAUAGCAGCCUGAGACUAGGCAGGGGAAUUUGGCCCUCCCUGCCAUCCUGGGAUUCACCACCCUGCCCAGGAUCCGAGCUCUCUGCCCCCCACCCUCCACACCCCCCUCCCCACACCUAGGUGUUUCCCAAGCCUGAAACCUGGCUGUGGUGGACCAGGCCCGGGAGACCCCCAGCCCCGCCCCCAGCACCAAACCCUGGGCCGUUUCCCAUGAAUCCCACCUCUCAGGGUCCCUGCUCUCUCCGUCAGGCCAAACAGCCCGGCCCUCCCCUCCAUCCUUCCUUGCAUUUAUUGAGGAGCCCAGGAACACCCUGCACCUGUGAGGUUAGAGCUGUUUCUUUUCUUCCCCUUCUGCCCCCUCUCCCCACCACACCCACGCCCCUGCCUCCCAAGCGGGGGCCAUGAAGAAGGCACAGUCCAGGCAGGUCUGGGAGUUUCUGAGCCCUUCCGGUUGGGCUGGGGAGCCCCAGUGACCACCAAGAAGGAAUUCUGCCUCCAAAGAGAAGAUCUGGUGCUGGGAGGAGCAUUCCUCUUUCCUGGUCUUGGCUCUCACCUUUGGGGCUUGCCGGGGGGUCCUGGCAGCUCCAGCCGCCCACUCCACCACCCACCCUCUUUCCUUCCCUCCCUGCUCCCUCCCUGCUCCCUCCCUGCCCCUUGCCUCACUCCUCCGCUAGCCCCAGUCUUCCAUUCCUUCAUCUCACUUUCCAGGACAUCCUUCCCAUAGGCCUUGGCCCCAGCAAGACCUCAAGGUCCUCCGUGCCUGUAGGGGGCGCUGAAGGGCUAAUGACGCUCAGGCUGGAGGGAACUCGGACUUAUACUCAUCCCGGAAGUCUCAAAAAGGGCGCUGAUGGCUGCUCUUUCUCUGCCUAUUUAUUGGUUUCCAAGGGAGCAAAUCCUCAGUGGGGAUACAAGAUAUAUAAAGUAUAUGUAUUAUUUUUCGUAACUUAUGUGGCUUUUAACUUAUUGCUUCCCUUCCUGUUUCUGCCUAAUCAGUGCUGUAUUUACUCUCUGGGUAGACAACACAUAUCCCAGCCAUUCCACCUGGCUGGCUAUCUUGGGGCAAUGCCCCCCUUCUCCCUGCCAGGGGAUGAAUAAAGUGCUGAGAUUUGUCCGUGGAUAAA